AUGUCUUCUUCGAUAUACUACCAGUUCCGGUCACAAAGAGAGCCUUUGCGAAUCAACUUUGACGGCACUGGAAUCUCAAUUUUCGAUCUCAAGAGAGAAAUCAUACUUGCAAACAAGCUGGGCGACGGAACUGAUUUCGAUCUUUCGGUAUACAAUGCUGAUACAAACGAUGAGUACGAAGACGACGCCGAGAUCCUACCUCGGUCGUCAUCAGUCAUCGUCCGUCGAAAAGCACCCUCGAAACAAGGCCACGGCACAGCAGCCCGCUACGCGAGCGCCAAAGCACCACCGAUGUCAGUCGUCAGCGGCAACUCCUUGUCCGGCCGAAGGGCAGCAGACGGCGGCGGCGGCGGCGGGUAUAACAAGCGGGUGCUGCCACCGCAGCCGACUGUGCCGAUCGCGCAAGGUACUGGGCCUGUGUCUGCUGGAGAUGAUGAUAUCAGCGCGAUGUUGGCGGCUGAGUCGGAGAAUUGGGCGAAUACACAGAAUAGAAUGGCUGCAGCGACACCGGUGUACGGUCGUGGAAAUAAUAGCAAUCGGCCACAGAGACCUGCCCCUGAUCACCCUCCACCUCCUACAUAUAUCUGCCAUAGAUGUUUCCAGAAAGGCCACUGGAUUUACAAUUGCCCGACGAACAACGACCCUACGUUCGAAAACGUGAGAGCGAAACGAACGACCGGUAUCCCCAAAUCCUUCCUGAAGACCGUGUCCAAGGACGAGAUCUCAGCGAUGGAAUCCAGCGCCGGCGGCAGCGGCAACGGUCUGCGGGACCACGUCCGAGUGAACGAGAACGGAGAGUAUGUAGUUGUCCGGCCGGACUCGGCCGCGUGGCAGUCGUAUUUGCAGAAACAGACCGCGGAGGAUGACGGCGACCAAAGUAGUGAUGGCGAAGGAGCUGGCGAGAGGAAGCGGAAGAGGUCGAGAAGAGCGGGCGAUUGA